AUUUGCUUCUGGUAUGUUAGCUUCUGUUUACCUCUGUGUUAAUCCUCUCCCCUUUCACAUCCCCCUCCUACUGACUCUCUUACAUGCUCUCUCUUUUACUCCUCCCCUCUCUCCCCUCAAAGCCAGCAGGCUGCUAUUUGAUCCAGACUGCUUGUUACAUGAUCUCCUGGAAUACAAUGUUCCCUCGCUACUCCAUGGCUUUUCUGUUUGUUCUCGCUUUGCAGUGCAGGGGGCACGGAAGAAUGCCAGCACCGCACUGAGGCUACAACAACAACUGACCUUUCCUUCCCCUUCCCCAUCUGUGAGCUUAACCCAUCUAUCUGUUUGUUUCCCUAUCUUCCCUGUUCAUGCACUGUCAAUACCCCCUCACCCCCUAUCCCUGAUUAUUACUGCAGCCCCCUUGACAAUGUUACCAUGCAUUAACUGGCUGCAGCCUUUCCUUGCCUUGAUCUCCUCCACCUUGCUCACUCGAGGCCACAAUUGUCCAUCCAGCUGUUUGUGUCCAGACCACCACACUGUGGACUGCACCAGCCAAGGUCUAACUAAAGUUCCAGACUCCAUCCCUCUGGAUGUUCGGCGUCUCUUGCUCUCCAACAACUGGAUUCACUGGAUCCCCUCUGACUUUCUAGUCCUUUACAGUGAUCUGGUCUACCUGGACCUGAGGAAUAAUUCCCUGUCCAAGCUGGAGCCAGGGACUCUAAACACGGCCUCAAGAUUGGUGUUUUUGGACUUGGGGAGCAAUAACCUGACAGAAAUCUCUUCUGAGACAUUUGGAGAAUCAAGGAGUCUGAUCAAACUACGACUGGGAAACAACCCUUACCUAAGCAUGGUAGGCAGGGAUGCUUUUACAGGGUUGACUUCUUUGAGGGAGUUGGAGCUGGAGUGGAAUGGUCUCACAGUGCUGGAUGUAAGGGUCCUGGAACCCCUGCCCUCCCUCCGGAUGCUACGUCUGGAGGGCAAUCCCUGGCUGUGCAACUGCCACUUUGCCAAACUGUUCAUAUGGCUGAAAGAGAACCAGCACAAGCUGCCAACAGGAAUGGAAGGGAUAGAGUGCUCUUUGCCUCUGGAUGGACGUCGUGUUCCUCUCAGUUUACUCUCGGAGGACAGUUUCAGGGAGUGCCAUGGUGCCCUCACUCUAACGGACUACCUCAUAGUCAUCUUUUCUGGUAUUUCAGUCUCAGUGGCAGCAAUCAUGGCCAGCUUCUUCCUCGCUUCCACAGUCCACUGCUUCCAGCGCCUGAGUAAAGGCAGUAAAGGAGAUGAGGAGGAGGGGAAUGACUGACAGAGUAGGAAAAGGGAAAAUGGAUUAUGUAAAAUGAAAGUAUUUCAUACAAAACCCUUGCUGAGAGAUCAUGUUGGCAUCUGAGAGGAAGCUCAACAAAUCAUGAAAGCAAUGGGGGAAAAGCCAGUAUGAUGGAAGAUGAUGUUAUACCAAGGAUGCUCAUAAUAUUUCAAAUCAAAGAUCACCUUUGGGCUAUCAUGAGAGCGAUAGAGUGGUUUGAAAAACAACAAACAGGUUUGCAUAACUAUGAUCAAAUGUUGCAGAUGGUGAUGUGUGUCAUAGUGCUGGAUCUAAGGUCGCAAUGAUUUACAAGCACUGAAAGCAACAUAUAAGCUGUGUUUCCAACUAGUGUUAGCUGUUGUGCAAAGGCCUGUCCGGUAGAUGUCUUACAGGAGCUGUGACUUAUGCCAGCAUUAACCAGAUAUGUUAGUCCUUUGAGAUGGUCACUGCAGGGCUCAACACUUUCUAAGGCACUUGUUCUUUGGACAUAUAGACCUUUCCCUUCUCCAGACACAAAUGUUAUUUGUCUGUGUAAAAAUGACAGUAAUUUACAUUUUUUGUUCAUGAAUGUAGAAUGUAGAAUGUAAAUUUUAAAAAAACAUUCAAGCUAUUGCUUUCAUUGAUAAUCAUUUUUUUUCACUUUGCAAAGCCUGUUUCAGUAUCAGAUUAAUUAAAUUAACCACUGAUCUGUAGAACUAAAACAGAGAAGUUGACAUUGAAAAAGAAAAAAAUGGCCUUAAUAAAAUUCCUCUGAAAAAUAAAACACAGAUAUUCAAAUUA